GCCUGGGGCGGGUGGAGCGGUGGUGCGGCCUAAGCGGACGUGCACCGCCCGGAGUUGCAGAAGGGCAGGGCGGCGCUAGGACCCCGGGGAGCGGCGGGGGGCGGAGCGGGCGGCGCCAGGACCCGGGGGAACCGCGGGCGGGCGGGCGGCGAGCAGGCCCCGGGCCGGGAGGCUACGGGCGGCGGCGGCGCUGGGCCCGGCGCGGCGAGGGAGGCCCGAGAUGCCGAGCAAGAAGAAGAAGUACAACGCGCGGUUCCCGCCGGCGCGGAUCAAGAAGAUCAUGCAGACGGACGAGGAGAUCGGGAAGGUGGCGGCGGCGGUGCCUGUCAUCAUCUCGCGGGCGCUCGAGCUCUUCCUGGAGUCCCUGCUGAAGAAGGCCUGCCAGGUGACCCAGUCCCGGAACGCCAAGACCAUGACCACGUCGCACCUGAAGCAGUGCAUCGAGCUGGAGCAACAGUUUGACUUCCUGAAGGAUCUGGUGGCCUCGGUCCCUGACAUGCAGGGGGACGGAGAGGACAACCACAUGGACGGCGACAGGGGUGCCCGCAGAUGGGCCGCGUCUUCCCAAAGGGGCCGGAAGCCGGGCAGCAGUGGCCGGAAGAAUGGCGGUGUGGGGAGCAAAGGCAAAGACAAGAAACAGUCAGGGACAGACUCGGAGCAGGAGGAUGAGUCUGAAGACACCGACAGCGAAGGGGAGGAGGAGAUGCCCCCCGCCCCAGCCCAGCCCAGCCACCCCCCAGCCCCCUUUCAGAGCCCCCCGACACCUCUCAUGCCCUUCAACUCGACUCUGCCACUGCUCCCAGCGCCCCCGGGCCCCUCAGCACCGGAUGCAGAGGACGAAGAAGACUAUGACUCCUAGCACCCUCUGCCCCCCAGGCCGCAUCUCCUUUUAGCUGGUUUUAGUUGUUCUGGGGGGAAGAGAUAGAGCUGUUCUUAAAUUUAUUAAAAAGGAAAGAAAACAGAGGAAA